AUGCAAGCUCUGUUUGCCUUGGCCUUUCUAUCGUGUAUCUCUGUUGGUAAGUGAAAUCAUAUUUAUGUUUUAAAGGCUUCCAGAGGAUUUUUUUCACGGUUGUUUUGGAAUAUAAUUCAAGUCGCUAUUUUGGACCGUUUACGCUUGAAGUAUGCUGUUCUUGUAAGAUGGUUGAGGCUAAACCGCUCCUUUUUAAUAUGUACUGCUGCAAAUUUUGCAUUAAGCGUCUUCUAAUGUUUAUUAGGAAGCUUUAGCAACGACGACGUCGAAGGCAACGAGGACGUCAAGAAAGAAAAAUGUACCAGAACAAUAAGCACAUUUUUGUAAAUUUCUUUGCCGUCAAUGUCUAGUGCGACCGCAAUAUGUUUCAUGAAAGACGAAAACAAGCUACGACCAACUUUUUUGUUUCUCUCUCUGGAAAAAUUGCCAAUCAACUGUAACGAAAAGGCAAAAGACAUAAAGCAAGACAGUCUUGGAACUAAACGCAUGAUUCCAAUGAUAUUACUACUCCUUUUCUAUACAUAUUUAAGAAUAGUAUUCGAGCGCUUUGUUGCCCGUUUUAUAUUCAAGGUGUGGGGUUAACGUUGUUUCGCAACUGGGUUUGAAACUUAAAGCGCGAGGGCUGGAUAUCUGAGCUGGACAUGUUCCCAGCGUCCUGAUCAGUUUAAAAACCUAUUAGACGGCUUUCACCACCUGAGGCCAUAGACGAUAUUUUAUGCCAAUUAACUCAGGUUAGUUGAAUUUCGACUUUCGGUACUACUAAAUAGCUUUAAUAAAUAGAGGGCAGUCUCUUCAAAUUUCAUGCCAGCUUGAAAAUUAAAGCUUUAGGACUGACUAACUCAGCAACUUGGGCAACGAAAGAAGGGAACGUUCUUAUGUUCAAAUAGAUAAAAGAAAAUCUCUCCUGUUGAUUGUUUUAAAGAUUUUUAAGGGCUUGCCAACGAAAUGAAAUUCAAUUUUUAUGACUAAUGCAGUCGGUAGGUGUCACCCCUAAAACCUCUGUAUACAACCAACAUUUAUGUGAAGCUGCGUGAAGUGUCGUUUUAUAAAGCUUCAGACACUUCUCAACUGGAACAUAAACACAAUUCAGGGGCACCCAACGAGAAUAUAGUUCAAAACCACUUAAACAUAGCAUUGUUAAACGUAUUUUAGUAUUAAAUCGGUAGAUAUAGGCAUAUUUUUAUCCUCUAAAAUUUUUCAUCUGUCCGGAUUUCCCAGCUGAAAGUCUAGUGAUUCGAAAAUUAUAGGAAUCAAAACUUUACCUUUUCGAAACUUUCAGCCAGAAAAAAGGCUCCCGAAAAUUGUAGGUGACCCUUUUAGGGUAAAAAUCGGUUAAAAAUGGGCAAUUAUACCAUUGUUUAGAUGUUCGAAAAUCCUAGGAGAGGAAGACAAGCAAGAAAUUUUGGAAAAAAUUUUCCGAAAAUUCUAGACCUGAAAUCGUCUUCCGAACAGAUAUUUUCCGAAAAUUGUCGUUGGGUGCCCCUGACAAUUCAUUGUUCGCGCCCCCCAGCCCCCUCCCAACACACAAAAAAUGCUGAACAGUGGCCAUGCACUUUCUAACAGCUUCUCAUAGUUGCGUAAGGUAGGCAAGUUUAUUAUGUAUAUUAAAGUUUGAUAUUUAAUAGACAUUUUUUUUUUCACUUUGUGUCAUGGUGUUAGUAUAUAUUAAGCAAUCAGUAAUUUGCCAUAAAAAUUGGCUUUCCUGGUUUUUCGGAGGAUGUUAUUAAAUGCUGCAGAAACGUUCAUGCUACAUAGCCUUGCCCGCUAGCAGCUAACUUUCCGCAACAUUAGCCAGGUCUUUUGUGUGUGAUUAAUUUUAAUGACAUGUUUCUUUGCUUGACGUUGAUAUAUUUGCGUGGUAACACAUGGCUGGAUACUAGGCAUUUUUUUGGCGUCUAAACGGACAAGACAAAGUCCAGGUCUAAAAACACAAAAACAUAUCCACCCAUCUUGACUUAACGAGAUUGGUCAAUGAAGGAUAUAUUAGUAAUAGGACUAAAUGCUGUCCAGUAGGAUGAAAAACGUUAUGAGGACAGCCAAAAUUACGGCCUAGUCCAAUUUGGCUGUCGGAGUAAAACAAUAAUGCAAAUAGUUAAUUUAAGGAGAAACGAAAACUUUUGAAAAUAAGCAUUUUAUUCCUCAGGCGCUUUUCGCAGGCUUUGUCCGCAACUGAACAUGUUAGCUUAAUAAAUGUUUGUUUUGAAUGCCAACAUCUAUACACAAUUAUUAGCGUUUCCUAUCUCUUGUCGAAAGUUUCAGUGCUUGCACUUUUUCCAGAACCGUUGCCACAAAUGUUUUAUAGUCAUCAUGUCAAAUAGUUUCAUUUUGCCCGCUCGGGCACGCAGAAAAUAAGAACACAGGAUUUGCUUCAUCCGUGCCCGCUCGCAGCGUCAGCCAUAUGUCAGACGACCUAAAGGCAGCGAAGCCCUUGUGUUAACUGUAGACAAGCUAACUGGGUGCACCAAAAACACUUUUGUUUUAAGAGCGAGCACUGCGGCUGCGGUUUUUUUGCCUUUGCUUUCUUGAGAUGCUUUUCCGUUGUAAGUUCAACAUCUAACUUUUAAAUAUGACCUCGCAUCGUAUAAGAGGUAGAAUGAUGAAUUUCUCAGUAUGUAUAUCUAGCCAAUUUUUAGAAAAUGAUCCUAACCACGGUAACUAUAGUUAUCAAGACAUAUUUAAGGACGGUGCCCACUAAUGGGAAGUAUUUUUUCCCAGAUAAUGACUAUGUGAGACAAGUAGAUCAUAUCAGGGGCUGUUGAAAUCCAAAAAGAAAACUGGGGUAACCACGCAUUUUUCAGAGAUGACUGCGCUUCAACAUGGACCGGAGAACAACGCUGAAUAGGCAUUUUUUAGAAAAAUGAUAAAAAUUUAUUUUUUCCCCAAAUUUCAGAGUGCACACGUGAACUGGCACAAAUGCAAUGAUAAUUGUAACAAGGUUUCAAAAUAAGCGACAAAUGAUAACAUAACAACUGCUCUUUAUACGUCUUUUUUUGAAAUAUCAGCACAACUGGGAAGUUAUCAGCAGUUACCCCUCUCCACACGUUUGCCUUAAAAAUAGUGUAAACGACAUUUUCCCGCAACCAAAAAUCGAUCGUUUGCUGGGUAGGCUUAUUACUUUCAUUUGGUAAGAUAAAAAGUACGGUUUACCACGCGUUUUUAGAAGUUAUAUUAGUUGGUUUCAACCUUAACUUGAUCGCUUUUGGGGUUAUUUACAAUUUUUCCCAUCCCCUCCCCGGUCAGUUUCAUUAUUGCUUCACUCAAUGCGGAGUACUCUGGGAUAUCCACAAUGGCUAACAGUCAGAGAGAACAACAACCCAUGGAAGAAAGCAAAAAUAAAAAGUGAAAAAGGAUAUUUCGUGGACUCUAAGGAAAACAAAUUAUACCAUUUCAUUCAACUGGAGCUUCUCCGUCUCAAAAAUUUAACAAAACUUUCUGGAGAAAAGCAAUCUCCAAGGUAUUAAAGGUUACUUCUAUCGCACAGAGUCUUCUGGUGAGCUUUUUGAUUUGAUUUGUGGCAGAAAUGUUCAGAUAAUGUGUGGUGUGGAAAUUGAACCCUUAAGAAAUACUAUGUAGACGACAAGCUGCCAAAUAAGGCAAUAAUUUCAAUGCUUAGUAAUGCCAAAAUGCUUAAAUAACAAUGGUGAUAGUAAAAAACAAUAAGUUUUUUCGAUUUUUCCACGAUGAAAGCGUUUCCUUUGCGGUCCGCAACUAUUUGUGAACUGCGAUCUCAGCAAUCUAAGCAAUAUUGUGACAACAACUUUUUUCUUGCUGUUCAACAAAUAAAAGCCCGGGACUCUCAGUAAAAGGGACAUCUGUUUGUACUCGAACGCUUUAAAUCUAUCUUCUGGUGAAUAAUUACAUAAAAUCAUACAGAUUUAAGUAAUAUUCGGGAAAGUGUUUAUAUUCCAUCAGCCGAUAAAACGAUUUACUGAUUUACUGAUCACCCUUGCCUAUUUAAGAGAUUUUUUAAUACCCAAGCUCCAAGCGUAACAUCUUGAAGUAAUAACUUUUGAUGUUUUGAGAAUUGACCUGUUUGACUAUGAAAUGUUCCUGGUUCGGUCAGAUCGAUCAUGCGGCCGAAAUAGCAACAUGCGAAUACUUCUUCAGUUUUCAAAGAACUGACAAAAGUAAAUAGAAAAAGUAAAUAGAAAUUAUUUGUCAUCUGUAAAAAAACGACGCAUCUUUUCGAUCCACAAGAAAUAACUUGAACCUUCCAGACUUACAGGAGACAAAACCAGUCCGCGCGUCCUGCUUGUUGUGCAUUUCUUUCGCGUCGCGCGCGACUACCUUGGGAUGCGCAGAAAACGUGCACAGUAACAACGGUGGGCACCGUCCUUAACCACUUUCAUUAAGCUUUUGAGCAGUAAUUUUAUAUUUAAUUUUGCUGCUUUCAAAAAUUUCGUCUAAAUUGAUAAAGAAGUAUCGAAGUGGCACGUUUCGCUUUGUUUCGUUUUGUAGGAUACGGCCUUAAGUGCUACGUGUGUACCUCAGCCAAAGAUUGGGCUAGCUGUGACGAGAGCAAAAAGGAAUUCACAUGUCCUGCCGGUUUCGAUUCCUGCGGGAAAAUUUAUUACGAUGCAAAAUUCGGGGACGUAUCCUUGGAAGCAUAUAGCAAAUUAUGUGCGGUAAAGUCCGCCUGCAGUGAUGAUCUGUGCAAAGCACAAGCCGGGGGACAAUCAGGAAUAACCAUCAACAAGUGUGAAGUCAACUGCUGCCAGGGUGACCUGUGUAAUGGAGCCAAAGUACCACUGGUCAGCGCCUUCCUGCUGUUGGCAUGUGCUGUUGUAGCUUUUUUCCGUUAA